AUGGCGCUCAGCCGCUUCCUCUUGGCGCAGUGCGCCUGCUACUCCCUGGCCUUCCUGUUCAGCUUCGUGGCGGUGGUGCCGCUGUCCGAGAACGGCCGCGACUUCCGCGGCCGCUGCCUGCUCUUCACCGAGGGCAUGUGGCUCAGCGCCAACCUCACGGUGCAGGAGCGCGAGCGCUUCACGGUCUCCUUCCUCUACGCCUUCCUGAACCUGCUGGUCAGCGCCUUCAUUGUCUUCCUCAUCUUCAUCGCCAGCACCAUCGUGAGCGUGGGCUUCACCAUGUGGUGCGACGCUGUCACUGAGAAGGGCACUGUGCCCCACAGCUGCGAAGAGCUCCAGGACAUCGACUUGGAGCUGAACGUGGACAACUCUGCCUUCUACGAUCAAUUUGCCGUCGCCCAGUUCGGCCUCUGGGCCUCGUGGCUGGCCUGGCUGGCCAUCACCGUGCUGGCCUUCCUCAAAGUCUACCACAACUACCGCCAGGAGGACCUGCUGGACAGCCUGGUCCACGAGAAGGAGCUGCUGCUGGCGCGCCCGGGCCCCCGCGCCUCCGUCCAGGAGGAAAAGAGCGCGGUCAUCUAG